UUUCCUGGAAAUUCCAUGAAAGUCUCAUGAUUGAUGAUAAAAUGUUUUUUCUACUUGAUUGUGCGCUUUGUAAGUCUCCGAUUUAUGUGGCACUGUUCCUCCUGACAUCUGGAUGCAACUGCAGUCCUCUCUUGUUCAGACCACAUCAUCUCACAUCAGUCGUAAAAGAAGUUCAAAGCAAUCAAGAAACAGUUGAUAAGAUCAUUAACCUGAGCUUGAGUGGAAAAGCUAAGAGUCAAUCCUACAACCGAUUAGCAGAAUUCACAGACACAUUUGGAAAUCGAGUAGCUGGAUCACAAAACCUUGAAAAUGCUAUAGACUACCUCCUGAAAAACAUCAGUGAAGAUGGUCAGGAAAAUGUCCAUGGUGAGGCUGUGACCGUCCCCAAAUGGGUGAGAGGGAAUGAGUAUGCCUACCUGACCUCCCCGAGGAUGUACAAGAUGGCGAUACUUGGCCUGGGAAGUAGCAUUGGGACACCGGCAGAGGGUAUUACAGCUGAAGCUAUUGUAGUCAACUCAUUUGAUGAAUUGCAUCAGAGAGCAGCUGAGGCAAAAGGAAAGAUUGUUGUGUACAAUGAAGAGUACCAUGGCUAUGGAAAUACUGUGAACUAUAGAACUCUGGGCGCAGUGGAAGCUGCCAAGGUUGGAGGCGUGGCAUCCCUCAUCAGGAGUGUAACACCUUUUUCUAUCAACAGUCCUCAUACUGGCCACCAGGAUUAUUCUAAAGAUGUGAGGAAGAUUCCCACUGCCUGUAUCACCAUUGAGGAUGCCGAGAUGUUAGCAAGGAUGCAAAAGAGAGGGACAAAAAUUGUAAUCAAGUUCUACAUGGAAGCGCAGAACUUACCCGACGCUCAAUCCAGGAACAUCGUAGCAGAAAUUGUUGGGUCUAAGUACCCAGAACAGGUGGUGCUAUUUGGCGGCCACAUAGACAGCUGGGAUGUUGGUCAGGGGGCGAUGGACGAUGGAGGUGGUGCGUUCAUUGCUUGGCAAGCCUUAUCCCUCAUCAGACAGCUGGGGCUCAGGCCGAAGAGAACCAUGAGAAUGGUCAUGUUCACUGGGGAGGAGGAAGGACACUUUGGGGGACAGGCAUAUUUUAGUGCACAUAAGACAGAUGUAAACAACUAUGAUCUAGUUAUGGAGUCUGACAUGGGCACUUUUACACCUUAUGGACUAACAUUCGAUGGUAGUCAAAAAGCCAAGGUCAUUAUGCAAAGUGUCCUGGAUAUGUUGAAGAGGAUUAAUGCCACGGAGUUGAAAUAUGUCAACAACACUGGGGACAAUGGUGAUACAGGAGGCUGGGUCAAUGCUGGAGUUCCUGGUGUUGCUCUGUUGAAUCGCAAUGAAAAUUACUUCGAUUUUCAUCAUACUAAUGGGGACACCAUAACUGUCCAGGACCCGCACAUGAUGGAUCUAUGCUCUGCUGUCUGGGCAUCUGUGGCUUACACAGUUGCCAACCUGGAGGAGAUGCUUCCAAGAAAAUAACGGGACAAUCAGUGAUCAUUCCUGCUUAAUAAAACUGCCAAGUUGAUGAUUAUUUAA